AUUUGAUAAGAUAGGUUAAUUAAUUAAUAAAAGAGAAAAUUCCUCCCUCAGCAUAUAUCAAUUUCAUUUCAUUUCAGUUUUGCGUUUGACAUAAUACUCUGGGCAGAAAUCAAUCAAUUAAUCGGUAUCCAUGGCGUUGAACAACGGAGCUAGAUCAAUCACUUCUAGAUUCAUCUCUUCACCACUCCUCUCCAAAUCUGCUCAAAGAGGAAUCCAUUCAACUGGAGUAAAGAGAAUGGGAGGACAUGGACAUGAUGAACCAGCCUACCUGCAUUCAAAGCACAUGUACAACUUGGACCGUAUGAAACACCAGAAGUUGACCAUGACUCUAGGUGUUUUCACUGCAUUCAGCAUUGGUGUAGGAGUGCCUAUUUAUGCCGUAAUAUUUCAGCAAAAGAAGACUGCAUCUGCAUAAAUAGGCUAUCAAGGCCCUGAACUUUUUUUUUUUUCAUUGUGGUUAAUCCCAAUAAUUCAGACAACAAAUGAAUGCCUUGUAGCACUUUAUACUUUUUGAAGGUUCUGAUUGGUAUGUGCAUUGGCUGAACAAUUGUCAUGCAUCAGUUUGUUUUGAAAUGGAAAUGGUUAUCUUUUUUUUUUU